CAGAAACUCUGAAAACUUGCCCGCUCCCAGGGCGGCGCAAUCUCCUUCUCCUCUUCCCCGCGGGGCGAUGGUGCUCGGUUUUGAGACAGCCAAGCGCGCUCCAUCGGCUGACUCGCCCCCGACCUCGCCUGCGCGCAGCGUCCCCGUCGCGGACCUGGACCUGGACCCGGACCCGGCCGCCGCCCUCGACGAUGGACAUAUCCUGUCGCAUAUCACCAUCACCGCCGAACCCGAAUUCGCGCCGCGCGCUCAUAAUAAUAUGAUAUCUCAAGAUGGAGAGGUCGAAGGGCGCCCGCCUUAUCUGCACUGUAUGCUAGCCGGAGGGCUGGGCGGAUCCACCGGAGACAUGCUGAUGCACUCGCUCGACACGGUCAAAACCCGCCAGCAGGGCGACCCGCACAUUCCGCCAAAAUACACGUCGCUCGGCUCGUCGUACCUGACCAUCUUCCGCCAGGAGGGGAUACGCCGCGGGCUGUACGGUGGCUGGAUCCCGGCGCUGGCCGGCUCGUUCCCCGCCACAUGCUUCUUCUUUGGCAGCUACGAGUGGAGCAAGCGGCAGAUGCUGGACUAUGGCGUCCAGCCGCAUCUGGCGUAUCUGCUAGCCGGUUUCAUUGGCGAUUUCGCCGCCUCCACCGUGUACGUGCCGUCCGAGGUGGUCAAAACCCGUCUGCAGCUUCAAGGGCGAUACAACAAUCCCUACUUUCAAUCGGGGUAUAAUUACAGGGGGACGACAGAUGCUGUUCGAACCAUCGUUCGAACCGAGGGGUUAUCCGCGCUGUUCUACGGAUAUGGGGCCACGCUGUGGCGUGAUCUCCCCUUUUCGGCCCUUCAGUUCAUGUUUUACGAGCAGAACCAAAGCUGGGCCCGGCAGUGGAGGGGAGGCAGAGACAUUGGGUGGGAAUUGGAGCUCCUGACGGGAGCGGCAGCGGGCGGUCUGGCAGGCACCAUGACAUGUCCGCUUGAUGUCGUCAAGACGAGACUGCAGACUCAGGUCCAUCCAGAAGCAGGGGGGCUCGGCCCGCCGCCCUCUGACACGCCAAUCUCGGGGCCUUCGAAGGAUGUCUCCGCCAAGCCAAACACCGAGGCAGCGACACAUAAGCUGCAAAAACGGUUGAUAUCAACCUCGUCGCCGUCGACCCACGCCCCUAAGCCUGGGGCUGUCACGUUGCAGACGUCGUCAAUGAUCACCGGCCUCCGGUUGAUUUAUCAAAGCGAAGGCAUUGCGGGGUGGUUUAGAGGCGUCGGCCCGCGGGCUGCUUGGACCAGCAUCCAGAGCGGGUGCAUGCUGUUCCUCUACCAGUCUAUCUUGCGCAAACUGGAGGCGUACAUGCCCAUGGAGCGGCGUGAGCUUGCCUAGCGGGUUAAAUGUAUUUAUAAUGAGACGAUUUGUACUAUUUUCUGUUUUCUGUACAAAUGACCCCGGGCGGAGGGAACAUAUGGGAGGGCGUUUUGGUGUGGGCUGGAUAGAUCAUACUAGAGAUAGACGUGUAGAUGUGCAGUCUUCAUUCUUUCUUCACUCGAC